GUUCACGGGUCUAGGCAACCAAGAUGGCGGCCAUGGAAAAAUAAAAUAAAUCACGUUUUCUAAAACUAGGAAGAAAACGUUAAAAAUGGAUGAAAAAAAUGUCUUAAAUCGAUCCCUAUGCCUAACCCGAACCCUAAAUCUAUCCCUAUGCUGAACCCUAAAUCUAUCCCAUGCCUAACUCGAACCCUAAAUCUAUCCCCCCCAUGCCUAACCCAAACCCUAAAUCUAUCCCUAUGCCUAACCUGAACCCUAAAUCGAUCCCUAUGCCUAACCCGAACCCUAAAUCGAUCCCUAAAUCUAACCUGAACCCUAAAACUACGCCUACAGCCACAAGUAAAAACAAGAAAAAGGAAAAAAAAAAAAUCAGACAUAUCUGCAGAAACCUGAAGUAACUUAAAUGAUUGUGGAGCAUUUGCCUUGAGAAAAAUCCAUGAACUGGUACUGUAGUGAACUAAAGUAUAUGGAAAUAAAUACAAAAAUAAAAAAGAAGUACAUAAUGAUUGACAAAAUGUAUUCUUAAUCUCAAAGUGAGAGACUGGACUGCAUCAACUGAUCUUGCUGCUGAGAAUAUACAACAGCGCAAAUAUUCCUUACAGUGUGAUCUAAUUCUAUCUCAAUAAAAUGGGUUCCGCUGGAAAUGUUUGACCAGAGGAAUAAUGCUGGUUCAAGAAAAGACUGCCCUGUCAUUUUGGUUUCGUCUAUGCCUAUAAGUACUAUAACUAUUGUUAAAAGUCAAUUUUCAAAACCACAUUUGUUGUAGUGUGAAAUUAAGAGUAGUUAUGCAACUUUAUGAAUGCUAUAAAAUGAUUUCUUUUGUUAUAUUUAUAUACUGACUUUUAUUUUAUUUUAUUAAUGAUAAUGCUUCUUCAUUUAGAUGUGAUCGACAGCUUACAUUAAUUAAAAGCUUCGAAACCAUUUCAUCCAAUCCUUAACAUAAACUAUAAUAAAAUAUUUUAAGCAUUAGAAAAUGGGUGGCAGAGGACGAGGUCGAGGACGUGGUAUGUCCAUAAAUAUUGAAGCUCUUGGUCUAGGCCGAGGAGAAAUUUUGCCCACUGUUGCUCAGCCACCACCUCUUUUUCCAGUAAGUCCAAUGUUUGUAUUAUUUCCUCUCAGGUCUCUCUUGGCACUAUUUUUAUUUUUGAUACCAAAUUAUUCAAGUCUUAUUGUGGUUUUGACAUUUUUAGCUAUGCAUGUUGUAGAGUGUAUUAAUCAUAACUUGUUACCUUUACUGAGUGAAAAUUUUGUAUUCUUUGUCUUGAUGAUACUAUGCAUUCUUUGAUGUGCACCUUUACAUUGACCCGUAUCUGUACAUUUGUUUUGUUAUUGAGUUAUUUUAUUGUAAACAUGCUUUCUUUUUAACACAUGGUACCUUCGAAUGAGUCUAGCAACAUAAUAAGUGUGGUUCUUGUCCAAAAGGUUGGACUCUUCUACUGAAGACCUUUAUUUUUAAUUCCACUGACACAAUUAUUAUAGUUUGUAAUAAAUUUGGAGAUGCUAUGAUUUAAAUAUCUUCUCCUUUUGAUGUCUUUAUGUUAAAGCCUCUGAUGUUCAAGCCAGUGCCUUUAUCUCAAAAUGAAGAUCUGGACUAUAUGUUGGCUCUAAAACAGGAGUUAAGGGAGUCAUUCCAUAAAUCCACCUUUUUCAUCAAAGCACCAAAUAAAGUGAAAGAUAUUGAACGCUACUCUGACAAAUACCAGCUAGGAACUAGUGAUAGUACUGCUAACUGGGCUCCAGGUAUUUUCAACAUAAAGGACUCUAUAGGGAUUGAAAUUUAAAUAGAAUACAGUAGAGUCUUGGAUAAUGAAUGCUCAGGUUAACGAACAAAUGGGUUCGCGAAAAAGUUUGGGGAGCAAUUUUUGUCUCAGUUGACAAACAAUAAUUCAGGUUAUGAACAUAUGCAUAUAUAUUACUGUAAACACAAUUCUACCGUCUCAGUAGUGCUUUGGGAUGUUUGCAGAAAACAUUAUCCAAGGGCUGUGUUAAAAACACUACUUUUGAUACUUUUGUAUUUUUUGUUUAUUUUAGCCUUCAUGGAGCCUAAAGAGAAAAGUGCUAUUUAUUGGAAUAGUGUUGGUAUAGAAGUAAAGAAAACAAAUUAUAUUAUUAACAUGAUAAUGGCCUACAUUCUGGAGACAUCUCCAAGCAAUAAAAUCGACUUUUUUACUAUUCUAAAAAAUAAAGAGGCUAAAGGAGUGACUGCGUUUACGAAGCAAUGUUCUAAAGCAGGGGUGGACAAACAUGACUGGCGUGCCAAUUGUAGCUUGCACCUCUGUUUUGAAUGGGAUGUUCCCACUCACAAAAUUAAACAAUUAAAAUAAUCAUAAAAACGGAAAAGAAAAAAAUGAAUGUGUAAUUUAAAUUUUCAAUUUCAGAUUAAAGGGAGAAAAAGGUGGUAGGAUAAUUUUUGCAUAAGUUGAAUUAACAUUUUUAUAAGCUAUGUAGAGGCUGCUGGUUCAGAUAAAAAGAUAUAUUUUUCAUUAUAGAAUAACAUUUAAUGUAAAAAUACCAUAUUUCUUUAGGCUAGAACUAGAACAGAUUAACUGAAUUAACAUUGGUUUCAAUGGGACAAAAUUAUAUCAGUUAGCAAAGGUUUCUUUUAAGAACUGAGUUACCAAACAGAUUUUUGAAGUAUGUUAAACAAAGUUCCACUGUAACACUAAAAAAUGUAUGAAAAUUAUUAUUUGUAGAGAUAGUAAUUUAGUAAUCUAUAUCAUGUUGGGAGUUAGUUUUUUUAACUUUUAUUUAGGUUUUUAUUUUGAAUUACUUUUGAAUUAUUUGCAAUUUUAAGUGUUUAUUUCAGUUGCAUAGGGAAAUUUUACAAUCACAGCAUUCAAUAUUAAGCAUCCAUUUAUUUUGAGUGUACAAGUCAUUUUUUGUAUGUUUUUUUUUUUAGAUUGGACAAGACUGCCAAAUGAAUUAAGGGAACGUGUUAAAAGGAAAAAAGCAAAUUUGACUGUUAAACCUAAAUUGAAGAUAGCUAAGCUAACAAAGGAUGAUGAUGUUUCAAAACUAUUGGAGGUAAAAUUUGAAUUUGAAAUCAGUAAAUUAGCACUUAAGAGUCUGACGUAAUUAGAAAUAAUUAUUAUUGAUCAUUGGAUGAACUCAGUAUAUUUUAUAUAUUUUGUAAUAUUUAUUAUUUACAAUGAUUGUAGUUUUAGGUAUUUAAAAAUAUUUCUCAACAUGUAGGUGUUCAAAAUUUCAUCCAAGAAAAUAUUUCAUAAAUAUUUUACAUGGGGGCUUUCCAUACAUGACAUCACACUCUUGGGGGGGGGGGGGGGGGGGGGGGGGGGGGGGUGUCAUUAAUUAAUGAUGUAUUAUGAGCGAGGAUGUAUAAAUUGUGUGACUAAUUUAUGAUGUUGGGGAGGGAGGCUCCACAAUUUGCCAAGCUAGUGUGACCUCAUUUAUGGAUUGCCCCUAUAAUCAAAAGAGUGAUGAUAAAAGUGUCAGUAAUAGUAAGAUCUAAGAUAGAGGAUCUAUUGAUCUUAUAUUUAGACUAUUCUCAUUUUUUUCUUUUUAAAAAUACUGUGGAGUGCAAUAAAAAAUAUACAUUUAUUAAUCUCUUGACAACAUUUUUUAUUCAGCAUUCUUUUAAUAUUUAUAUUAAUUUCAUUUCUUUAAUAAUAAAGCCAUACCAGCGAUAUAAAUUCAUAUAUUUUUAUCUGCAUUAUUUAGCAUAAUGCAAAUACAACAAACACAUUUUAAAUAUAACAAGAUUUAUAUAAAUUCAUCAAAUAUUGUACAUGUUGCACAGAAAUUGGAAGAAAAUGAUGUUAAAGCAGACAAUCCUGAUGCAGAGGGGCAAGAAGAAGGAGAAGAAGAAGAAAAAAAGAUAGAAAAGGAAGAUGGAGAUGAUGAAGAAGAAGAAGAAGUUGAUGAUGAGGAUAUUGAGGAGGCAAGUUAUUUUUUCUUGUUUAUUGUCACACUUCAACAAAAUUGUAAUCCUCCUUAAGUUUUUUUUUUUAAAUUUAGAUUGUCAGCAUCCAUCUAUCAAAGCAUCCAUUAUCUAGAGAUAAUAGUGUAUAUACUAAAAUUUAAUAUAGGCCAUUAUAAUAAAUAACAAAAUAAAACUCUUACAUUACAUGCAUGUCAUACAAAAUUGUCACAUUGUUGCUUUAUUUAUAAUUUGAUAUAAACAUAGUCCAGUUAUACAGUCCUUUUUGGGCUAUGUUUUAAAAGAGAUUAUAUAAAUGCUUUUAUAUUUCAUUUCAAAUGGUAGGAAACUGAUUAUAAUUUGGAUUAUUUUGACAAUGGAGAAGGCUAUGGUGAUGAUGAUGAAGAUGAUGAUGAAGGACCUACUUACUGAGUUCUUACAAGUCUUGCAUCAAAUAAAUUUUAAGACUUGUAUAAACAAAUAAUAAACUGAGUUUUCAUUUUCUUAUGUCUGAGAUUUUAGUUUGGUUUAUGCUGAUUUUCAUUUAUAAUUUUCUAAAUAGUUUUAUAUUAUUCAUUAAAAUUAUUUAUUGACUGUUAGAAUAAGAUGAUCCUUUACCAUAUUAUAUGAUAUUGCUUUGUAAAAUCUAACACAGAAUUAAGCAAUGUUCUUAAAAAAUCAAAAAAUCAGUUAAACUUUAUCCCAAUAUAAAUAAAAAUACUUCAGUUUUAUGUUAAUAAAUUAUUAAUUUCAAUAUUCUGAUACCACAAAAAUGUUUUAUAAAUAUACCGAAAAAUGAAUUCACAACAAGAAAAUAUUUUAUUUAUUUUUUAUUACUAUAUAAUUUAUAAUUCCAGCAUCACCCUUUUUGCUAAUAGCGAAAUAUUUAAAUUCUGGCUAGAGGUUGAACCUUACCUCAUGAAAACAGCAUUAAAUGCAACCUGUGAAACAAAGUUAAAUUUGUUGGUCAUAGUUCCAAUAUUUUUUAUUUACAUGUAACUUAAUUUCUCAAGCAUCUCAAAUGUUACUGGCAUCUCUCAUGAAGCUCAUAAAAUGUAAAUAUUAUGUUAAUACGGGAAUGUCAUAUAUUAUGUAAUUUGUUUCAUUUAUUCACAUCAUUGUAACAGUUCAAUCAUUCUUAUCAAAUAGAUAAUUAACUGCAACAGAUUUAGUAGAAAUUUUUGCUGCAUAACAAUUUACCACAAAAGGAGAGGCAAAACACUAAGGAAUACCAUACAAUAAUUAACAUCUAUCUUUAAUAUAACCAUAACCAUUGACUUUUCCUUUAAAAAAAAAAAAAAAAAAAAUACUAAGAAAAGAAAAUCCAUAUAUUUUGAAUAUUAAUUUCAAAUUCAAGCAUUUUCCUGUAAAUAAUU